GAACCGAGCGGGACUAUGGCAUCAAACAGCCUGUUCAGCUCAGUGACACCAUGUCAGCAGAACUUCUUUUGGGAUCCCAGCACCAGCCGGAGGUUCAGCCCCCCCUCCAGCAGCCUGCAGCCCGGCAAGAUGAGCGAGGUCAGCCCGGUGGUGGUAGCCCAGCAGCAGCAGCAGCAGCAGCAGCAGCAGCAGCAAGAAGCCGCCGCCGUGCCCAGGCUGCGCCCCCACGACAACCGCACCAUGGUGGAGAUCAUCGCGGACCACCCCGCCGAGCUGGUCCGCACCGACAGCCCCAACUUCCUCUGCUCCGUGCUGCCCUCGCACUGGCGCUGCAACAAGACCCUCCCGGUGGCAUUCAAGGUGGUGGCCUUAGGAGAAGUGCCUGAUGGGACGGUGGUCACCGUCAUGGCUGGAAAUGAUGAGAACUACUCUGCAGAGCUGCGAAAUGCUUCUGCCGUGAUGAAGAACCAGGUGGCCAGAUUUAAUGACUUACGAUUUGUGGGCAGAAGUGGAAGAGGGAAGAGCUUUACUUUGACAAUAACUGUCCUGACAAAUCCCCCCCAAGUCGCUACAUACCACAGAGCUAUAAAGGUUACAGUGGAUGGGCCAAGGGAGCCAAGAAGGCACAGACAGAAGCUUGAUGACUCUAAACCUAGUUUGUUCUCUGAACGCCUCAGUGAUUUAGGGCGCAUUCCUCAUCCCAGUAUGAGAGUAGGGGUCCCGACCCAGAGCCCACGGCCCUCUCUGAACUCUGCACCAAGUCCUUUUAAUCCACAAGGACAGAGUCAGAUUACAGACCCCAGGCAGGCGCAGUCAUCCCCGCCGUGGUCCUAUGACCAGUCUUACCCAUCCUACUUGAGCCAGAUGACUUCACCGUCCAUUCACUCCACAACUCCCCUGUCCUCCACUCGAGGCACGGGACUUCCAGCCAUCACGGAUGUGCCCAGACGCCUCUCAGGUGCUUCAGAGCUGGGCCCAUUUUCAGAUCCCAGGCAGUUCACAAGCAUUUCAUCCCUCACUGAGAGCCGCUUCUCCAACCCACGAAUGCACUAUCCAGCCACCUUUACCUAUACACCGCCAGUCACCUCAGGCAUGUCACUGGGUAUGUCCGCAACCACUCACUACCACACCUACCUACCACCACCCUACCCUGGCUCUUCCCAAAACCAAAGUGGACCUUUCCAGACCAGCAGCACUCCAUAUCUCUACUAUGGCACUUCGUCAGGAUCAUACCAGUUCCCCAUGGUGCCGGGAGGGGACCGCUCCCCCUCCAGGAUGCUUCCUCCGUGCACCACCACGUCCAACGGCAGCACGCUGUUAAACCCUAACUUGCCCAACCAGAGUGAUGGGGUGGAGGCGGAUGGCAGCCACAGCAGCUCCCCAACCGUCUUGAAUUCUAGUGGCAGAAUGGAUGAGUCCGUUUGGAGGCCGUACUGAGAUUUCUCCUGUAGCCGGCCCGACCUCCGUGAGCCAAAAAAAACCAAACCAAACAAACGGUUGACUACGAAGUGCCUGUUUUUUGUGCUUUUUUUUUUUUCCUUUAAAAGAGAAUAAAUAGAUUUUACCAAUAUGUGCAACUGUGUAGAUGGGAUGAUAACGGCCAUGAGUAACACAAGAGUUACCAACACACCCCAACCUAUAUUUCGGAUUAUGUGGAUGAAAGCACAUAUUUUUAUCUUUUUUUUUUCCUUGGAACAAUUUUACCUUGGUUUAUAUUUAAAAUGUACUUUUUACACACACACAAAAAAUCACCCCCACCUUUAUUUUUCCUUUUUUUGGUCUAAAGUGUUAUAAUAAUUAGCGAGUACUUUUGCCAAUGAGGAGAACGGACUCCCUGGCUGUCAGGAGAAACACGGUGAUGCAAGGCAAAGGCUGCAUUCCCUUUCAUUAGUUCGUUUUCUUUUAAAUAACCUAACCAUGAACUCCAGAUACAGUUGCAGUCAUACAACGUAUGGGACCCUCUUCACACCCUUAGUGCAAUUCAACUGGCUUGUAUUGGUGCACAUAAAAAGGAAAGCAAAGAUCGAGUUGCUUCCAUUUUGCCAUGAUACAUUCAGAUGAAAAUAGCUGUCCAAAAAACACUCUGUCCGAGCCUUGCUGCAGAUAACGGUUGGAACUUCUGUGUGUUCAUUGCUUUUUUGGCUUGUUUUUGGGUAUUAAAUGAGAACAAGUCUUCAAGUUAGGCUAGACGACCCUGGGGUUUCCUUUUUGCUUUUGUAUCCAUUCAUUUUGCCUUCAGUUAGCCAAAAACCAAAAAUAGCAACCAAAACCUUUUAAGAAAAACAAAAAGUAAAAUGUUAUUACUUAUGCAAAAUAUGAAAAUGGCAAUAUAUAUUACUAGAGCCAAAAUUAUAUACAUAGUAUUUGUGUUUGGCUAUGUUCUUUUUUAUUUUUCUUUAAAUUAUAAAUGUGUAAAAUUUGAGGUUGUUUGCUAACGUGAAUCAUGGUAUAACUUUAAAAGAAUAUUUAUAAUUAUUUAAUGACAUUUGGACCCUUUAAACGUUUCUUAAUGUAAUGAUAUAUUGACUUCGGUCUCUAAAAGUGGUUUGUUUUGUUUUGUUUUGUUUUUUUUACUUAUUACAUUUCUGCAGUGGUGUAAACCUCAAACCUUUACCCAACUCUGAAAAGCAGUUCCAGUGUGGACCAGUUUACAAUGCGACUUAAAAACGACAAACCCAACCCAAAUGCAUCCACAUCAAAUGAUUUUGGAUGUAGGAUCUUUUUAUAUAACUUAUGAAGGAAAUAUUGUGUUUAAAAUAUUUUUAUUAGCUGUCUGGUUGCCUUCAACACAGUCUUGCCUUUUAAUCAGUCGUUGUGGAGACACUGGAAAACUGGUAGGAAGGAUGAAAUAUUUUCCACCCUUCCCCUAAUUUCUUCUUCUCCCAGGAUUUUUCUCAGAACUUCAAAAUUUGAAAAUAUUCAUAGUUAAAAUGUUCUGGUUUGACAACAUGAUUUGAAUUUCGACAGUUUGGGGUUUUUUUUUCUGAAAGAAAAAUCAAAAAGAGUUUCAAAGCCCGUAUUUUACAAAUAAUGACUUGUUAAAUAUCUCAGAAAUGGGGUUAAGGGAGAAUUGGUGAAACCUUUUCUCCUCCCUUUGCAAUUUCAGCCCACUUGAUGGAAUAAACAAAGUUCAAAACUUAAGACAGAAGCUGCCUGGUAGCGAAUCACCGCCCGUUAGCAUUAAAUGCUGGAGCCGUAAGGAUGCUGUGUUGACUUGGAAGCCGAUGUGGCUGUUGCCGUAUUAGAGACAAGCACGAGGGCAGCAAUCCUCACCUCUGCAAAUCCUUGAAGAGAAAAAGUCACCUUAAAAGCCACCCUAGGGCUCCCACGUGCAAUACGGGGAGAGCGAAUUGCACCCAGAAUCCUUAACCAACCUGUCUGCCGCCCAAUUAUCCAGCGGAGGGGCCCAAAGUUUGUGGUGGGAGCUGAAUUGCCCCUCCCGUGCUGUCCCCAAGCUUGAUUUAGCAGGGUGUUCGGCACGUGCUGGUGGGGUUUGCCCACGCUCCAUCCUUCCCUGCCUUAUCCACGGCCAACGGCAGCCUCCUCAGGAGCUGCCGGCCACCACGCCUCUCCUUGGCUGUACUUUGGCUGCCCCCAAAGUAUCGCAAUAAGUCAACGGUGGGCAUAGCCGUACCGAGCUGGACAACACCAUCAUCGCUCGUUAAUAGUGAAGCUGUUAAACGAGUUGAUGUUAGCAUGGUCCAUCCCCUCCAAUUUGUGUGAUGACGUGCUCUGAAAAAAAAACUUAAAAGUCUUUGCCUUCUAAAGGUUGUAUACCAAGUAUGCUUAAAGUAUAAAUAAGACACUUUUUUUCUUCUAAUACUUAGUUUUCCUUCAAAGAUGGAAGCUGUAAUUGAUUCUAUUUAUUGUUGGUUUGUGGUAGCUUGAAGCAUACCACUGUCCACUUAUUUGUAACUGUAAAAUACGUUUGUUAGUCUCAGCAGCACUUAAAAAGCCAGUGUCUGGUUACACAUUUCAGUUUUGUUUUUUGUUUAGUAAGCAAGAGAAAAAGAUGUACUGCCAGUGCAAGCUGUUUCCUAUUUAAUAAAAGGUACUAUAUUUGUACAUUAUUUGUUAUUGCUGAGAAGGGCUUUUUAAGGUUUACUGUAUGCAUAUUAAGUAAUUUUUAGGGCGCUUUUGUGUUGAAAUGUUGUUAAGAGUGGCUGCAGGCAGCAACCCAGAUUUGUUGUUUCUUUUUUAAGACUUUGUUGUAAAAUUCAAGCACUUGGUUUUUGUUUCUGGAUAAAUCCAGCACAGAACAGACUUUUGUUUUGCUCAGUACCGACAAGACUCUGUUUAUGUCCCCGUGGUUUUUCAGCUGCACCAUUAGGGACAGACGUUGAAAACGUUUUCUCUGCCCGGUUGAGGUGUGCGUGCCUGACCCGUGCCCCGGCUGCGCGGGCGGGCGUCGUGCUCUGCCUGCUUGAGGUAGGAAGGAAAGGAUUUUCUAAGUACCUACGGAUGGAGGAGCUCCAGCCCGUUGACUUUCAGUAGACCACCGUGCUCCUGAAUCCUUCUGGUGCCUUCAAAAAUCUCUCCAGGUACAUCAGGCUGGCCACGGAGGGAGUUGCACAGGCUGAGGCAGAGAUGCUCAUCAAAGCUUUUGGGAAAUGCUUCCCAGUUCACUUAGAAAUGCUCUUGAAUCAGGUUUUUCAGACCAAAAAAAACCUCAACCGGUGCUAUGUAGUUAAUCAUAUCAGAAGAUUUGACGUUUUGCGAGGUGCUUAGUAUGGACAGAAAGGAGUUUAUUCAAAGGUACGACAGAAAGGAGUUUACUCAAAGGUACGACAGCCCUUCCCUUCGGUGAGUGGCGAUCUUUGGCACCGGUCAUAGAUUUAAAGAUUAAAAAAAAAAAUGGCCUUUUUUUUACUUUCCACCUCUCUUAUCCUACCAAAGAUUUACUUCCAGCACAACAGGCACGAUGUCCCUUUUGCUGAACAAAGGAUUAAGUCUUCCUCUCCCUCCUCCUAAGGGUAGCCAGAUCAGGGUCAGUGGGUUGGGAUGGAUGAGGAAAGCAAAUUGUUUAACCCACAGCAUCAUUCGCGUGGCGUUCAUCAUUCCUUUUAAAAGCCCAGCUGCUGGCUCUUUCUUAGCAUUGAACUUUUUUUUGCCAGCAGUUGCCCGAGCAAAGAUUUAUCCGUUUCCACAGGUAACCAUCUCAAGUGGGGCAAGUUUUGCACUUUGACACUCAGCAGAGCCAAGCUGAGCUCCCGCCGGGCUGUACACAGCCAGCAAGCCAUGAGCAAAAGCAAUAAUUCAAACCUGGAUCAGCCAUGAGCUCAAAGAAGCCCCGUUCUCUGAACCCCUGAAUUUAUCGUUGUUUUUAAAUAGAGUGCAUUUCAUUUUAACAUUUUCUGAGAACUUUUUUAGAUGUUUGUUUACUUCCAUGUUUACAGAUAACUCUUUGCUUUUUUUUUUUAAUGCAGUACUUUUAAGUAUAGCAGCCAAAACCAUACUUUUACAGUAACUUUUGUUUUAGGUAAUAUGAGUGACAUUCCAAUUUUUUUGUUGUUGUUGUUGUUAAAUAAUGCUUUACCAGUCUUGAAUUUCUGCUGGAACAAAAUAUUUGUAGCAUUUUGUGUAAAUACAAGCUUUAAUUUUUUUAUUUUUUCAAACGCUGUCACCCAAGAUUUGCUUUUCAUGCACAUAUUGUACAAACACACUCUGCUUUAUGCCACAGAUGAUGAUUGUGGACCAGUUUACUUCAACUUCAAAGGGACUAUUUGUAUUGUAUGUUGCAACUGUAAAUUGAAUUGUUUGGCAUUUUCUCAUGAUUGUAAUAUUAAUUUGAAGUUUGAAUUUCAUUUUCAAUAAAAUGGCUUUUUUGUUA